AGCCUGUACCGAAGGAAAUGUUUAUGUGUGAUGCGGCAUAAAUUCGAAAACAUUGCAGAAAAGAAAUGACGGUCCUGUUCAUUUCUAGUAAAGUUUUUGAUUUCUAAUUUUCUGUAAAACUUUCACUUUUGAUUUCGGCUCCUUUGUUGUUAAUCGCAUUACAUACAUAAAAAAUAUGAGUGGAGAAAACUAUCGUAGUGCAACCAAAUCCCACGAUCCAGGCUGGAACGAUCCCCCAAAGCUUGGCUACAGUCCCUCGGUGGCUAGUCCGGGCCAACCUACGAAGCUAAAUCUGAACAAGCGAGUUGCCUUUCCCGUGGCGACCGCUAACAGUGUUCCACCUCCACCAACAUCCGGGGAGAGUUCGCUUCCACAAUUUAUUCCCGCUGCUUCAGGGCCCCCACCACCGGUGUCCACCAGUAGUAAUCCUCAACACAUCAUAGGGACACCACCCAAAUCAAAAGGGGCCAGCCAAACUUUGGUCUCACAGGAGACGUGCAGUUCUCAGGAUAGCAAUGAGUAUCCGGCAGGGCCGGAAAUGCUUCUGUACGUUAGCGAAACUUUGGAGAAGUGUGUGCUGAAUUUAGAAACCCCGAAGCAAGCAGAUAUCCGGAAACGAUUGUCUGCCAUCGAACGGAGCUGGACGGAAGAGAAGCUCAGCCAGCCGUUGGCACAAAAAUUGUAUCGAUUUGCACAAGCACUAACGGACUGCAAGGCAACCGAAGCGAAUGAAAUCCACCGUUCGAUAGUGGUGGACCACGGGCGAGACUGCGUUCAGUGGGCACCAGCCCUGAGACAGCUGGUGAUGACACUGCCUAAACCAGACGAAGUUCUAACUGAAGAGACAAUUAUGAAACCUAUCUAAAGUUAAUUAUGUAGCCAAUUUAUACAUUUCUUUCGCUAAGAAUAAAGCUCUAUAUUUUUUCGAAAA